AUGGCGACUCCUGACCAACCGCCGAAGGCGCCCUACCUGUCGGUGGACGGCCGGCGCCUUGACGCCGGGAACGCCUUCCUGCCGGUGCGCGAGGGCGCCGAGCUGACCCUGCGCUGCACGGCCGAGGGCGGCCACCCGGCGCCGCGGCUGGCCUGGCUGCUCAACGGAGAGCCGCUCAACUCGUCCUCCUCCUCCUCCUCCUCGGAGGACUCCUCCUCCUCGUCGCCGCAGCACCAGCACUGGUGCGCCGAGGCGCGGCUCGGCCCGGUGCUGCGCGACUACCACAACGCCACCGUCGCCUGCGCCGUGCGCCACGUCACGCUGCCGGCGCCGCUCAACGUCUCCCUGCUGCUCGACGUGCAAUAUACGCCUUCCUUCAUGAUAAGCCGCGUGCCGGGAUUCGGCUUCCCGAUAACCGAGGGCAUGGCCGUGUCCUUGAAGUGCGAGGUGGACUCCAACCCCCCGUCCGGACCCGUCUGGCUCAAAGACGACGGCGCCCCGCCCGUAGCGCAGUCUGCCGACGGCACGCUGAACUUCUCUGCGAUCCGCCGCGAGCACAGCGGCUGGUACAAGUGCACGUGUCGCCACCCGCAGGGCGACUUCAGCUCCAUCGGCUACUUCCUCAACGUCAGACACGAGGAGGACGGAGAGGCCACGCAGGACCCGGGGCUGGGCGAAGCGGGCGAGGUCCAGGUGGCGCUGGGAGGAGCGCUGCAGCUGCAGUGUCCCUCCGGGGGCCUCAGCUGCUGGGGGCGCGCCUCCGGGGCGGACGACGACGACGGCGGCGGCGGCGGCGGGGGCGGCGGCGGGCUGGAGCCCUUGGGGGCCGGCCCGCGGCUCUCGCUGGACCGCGUCGUCUACCAGGAGGCCGGGGAGUACCGCUGCGUGCAGGGCCGCCGCCGGCCCGACCUGGACGAGUGGCGCGUGCCGCUGUCCGUCAAGGUCGACGUCACAGGCGCGCCGGAGGUGCUGCCGGCCAACCGCACGCUGUCGGCGCUGACGGGCCAGCGGCUGGCGCUGACGGUGCGCUACUGCGCCAACCCGCCCGCCUCGCAGCUGGCGUGGCUGACCCCGAGCAGGGCGCUGCGUCCCGGCGACGUGGAGGGCUCGCUCGAGGCGCACUACGUCGCGAUCGGCCGCACCCCCUACUGCCACGAGGCGGUGCUGAUGCUGCACUCGGUGACGCUCGCCGACGAAGGCGAGUACGUGUUCGUGGUGCGCUCGCCGCGCGGCCUGGCGGAGGGCGUCGUCACCUUGAACGUGACCCACGCCAGCAGCUUCUCGGUGCCCGCCGCCAGGGCGCAGCACCAGUCCGCCGCCGCGUCCGUACUCGUCGCCGUGCUGGCGCUGCCGCAGCUGUUGUACGUCAGACAGACGCUGUGUGUUUGA